AUGGAACAAAAUCAAACCAUAAAUACAACAUUAUUAUCACAAAUGAACAAUUGUCAAACUACUGAUAAUCUGACACACAAUUCAUCUUCUUUAAUUGAAUGUAAAGAAAAUAUUUUAAAGCAGUUUUCCCAUGCGUUAGAUUCUGUAAAGAAAGAUGUUGUAAGAUGUGAUAGAAAUAAUUGUGUCUAUUCUAAAUUUGAUUCACAUGGUGAUCGUAAUUUGGCUGCAAUUGAACGAAUCUUAUUAACUUAUGUAUGGGAAUAUCUUGAUGAUGAAUAUACUCAAGGAAUGUGUGAUAUAGUUGCACCAUUAUUAGCAUUAAAAUUAGAACAUUCCAUACCAUCAUCCAUAGAUACCAAUAAUCAAUCUUCAUUGAUAACAAAUGAGAAUUCAAUAGAAUUAUUUAAUGAAAUUGAAAUUAGUACUUAUAUAUUAUUUAAGUAUUUAAUGGAAAAUCAUUUAAAAAAAUUAUUUGCAAAAGAAACUGCAACAUAUUAUAUGGAUCAAAAAUUUGAUCAUAUCAAAUCAUUAAUACAGAUAUUAGACCCUGAAUUAAUUGGUCAUUUACAGAAAUUCAGUGAUUUUACACAUUUCUACUUUUGUUAUCGAUGGUUUUUAUUAUAUUUUAAAAGAGAAUUUAAUUAUCAAGAUAUUUUUCAAAUAUGGGAAGUUAUUUUAUGCGCUGAACAUAUAAUCUCUAAUGAUUUUAGUUUAUUUAUUGCUUUAGCAUUAAUUCAAUAUUAUAGAGAUGUGAUCUGUUCAAAUCAUAUGGAAUUAACUGAUAUUCUAAAAUUUUUUAAUGAACGCGCUGAACAUCAUAAUGUUGAUGAUAUUUUAAAUCUUGCUCGACAUUUUGCAAAUACUGUUCAAAAGUUAACUAGUAAAACAAAUGAUAAUUAA